AUGUCCGAGCAGGUCUCGUACGACAAGAUACCCGAGAGAUGGACGACGAGAAUCAGAAAGCCGUCCCGCAAGGGUUCCAUGGCCGAUGUGCCUCAGGACAUCCUCUCCGAGAUCGCCAGCCUCGAACGACUAUUCACUGUGGACACUGAAAAGUUGAAGGAGAUCACCGAGCAAUUCAUCGAUGAGCUGCAUCAAGGCCUGAAAGGAGAGGGCAAUAUACCCAUGAACCCAACCUGGGUCAUGAACUUUCCAGAUGGCGAAGAGACUGGCUCCUUUCUCGCCCUGGACAUGGGUGGCACCAAUCUGCGUGUUUGCGAAAUCACAUUGACCGACGAGAAAGGCGAGUUCGACAUCGUCCAGUCAAAAUAUCGCAUGCCAGAGGAGCUGAAACAUGGCACUGCGGAAGAGCUGUGGGACUACACAGCUGAUUGUAUCGAGCAGUUCAUUGAAUACCACCACGAGGACGAAAGGGACAAUCUUGAUACUAUCCCUCUGGGCUUCACUUUUAGCUAUCCUGCGACCCAAGAACACAUCGAUAAUGGCGUGCUGCAGCGUUGGACCAAAGGUUGGGCUGUAGAAGGUGUUGAAGGUGAAGAUGUUGUGCCUCAGCUGGAAAAGGCAUUGAAAGAAAGAAAUCUGCCUGUCACGGUUGCUGCUUUGAUUAACGACACCACCGGUACCUUAAUAGCGUCUGCGUACACCGAUCAGUCCAUGCGCAUUGGCUGCAUUUUCGGUACUGGCCAUAAUGGCGCAUAUCUCGAGACAUGUGGCAACAUCCCCAAGCUGAAGCACAUGAACCUACCUGACGAUAUGCAUAUGGUAAUCAACUGCGAAUAUGGAGCUUUCAAUUCCAAGGGUCAACAUCCGGUACUUCCAAAGACACAAUACGAUGUGAUGAUCGAUGAGACCUCUCCACGACCAGGACAACAAGCAUACGAGAAGAUGACUUCUGGCUUGUACCUGGGUGAGAUAUUCCGCCUUGCUAUGCUGGAUCUUCACGACAACAAAAAGAUAUUGUUAGCGGAUCAGGAUCUGAAGGCCUUCCGAACACCCUUUUGCCUGGACGCCUCAUUCUUGUCCUUCAUUGAAGAAGAUCCAUUCGAGAACUUGUCUGAAACUCAAGACAUGCUGAACGAUAAGUACGGCAUCAAAGCCGCUCGACCGGAACUCGAAUUGCUGCGUCGCUUAGCUGAAUUGAUUGGCACAAGGAGCGCGCGACUAUGUGCAUGUGGAAUUGCGGCCAUCUGCAAGAUGAAAGGGUUCGAUUCAUGUCAUGUAGGUGCUGAUGGAUCGGUUUUCAACAAGUACCCACACUUCAAGCAGCGGAAUGCCAAGGCACUACGGGAAAUUCUUGAUUGGCAAAAGGGCAAAAAGGACCCAGUCGUGGUGUCGAGCUCAGAGGAUGGGAGUGGUGUGGGUGCAGCCCUGAUCGCAGCGUUGACAGUGAAGAGGAUAAAGGCUGGCAAUAAGUAUGGUAUCCAGGACGUGAGCAAGUUCAAUGUCACGUCAGACUCAAAGCCUGAUCCUUGA